AUGAAAUUGGAUUUUGUGCCAAAACACGCAGGUGACGACUCGGACUCCGAGGGGGAAUGCGCGCUGAGCGAGAACUGGACUUUCCAGAGGGAGUCGAGGAGGUGGUCCAGGGUGGACGACAUCGUCAACACGGCGGUGAUGCUGCAGCAGCAGCUGCAACCGUCGCCGCCCGUCGACCGACAUCAGCAGCAGCAAAACCACGACCUCCAAUCGUCGCAACAGGUUGGCGUCGGAGGCAAGUUUGGAAGUAACGCCAUGCCACAGCCACCGGUGCAGUCGGCCGAGCAGCUUCAGGCGGCCGACGCGUCGGACGCGGCACUCAUCUCGCGAUUCCGCCGGUCGGGCAGCGAUCGGAUCAGGGACGGGGCCAAGGCCAUCCUGCGCAGGGUGGAAAGUCUGAAGACGAGACGUCGGAAACAGCGCAACCGCGACGGCGUAGUCAUCGGUUCACAGCAGGUUUGUGAAAACUUAUGA